AAGGAGCUGCGGCUGGAGGGAGGGACUCCUGGCUUCCCGGGGCGGCGGGUGGGGGCUCGGUCACCCAUGGGGGCGGGGAGGAGGAUCGGCGCGGCUUCCGGGUUGCUGCCUUUCCCGGGGGUCUGCCCCGCUGACAUUCUGUGCCCGCCCCUCGCCCUGUCUCCCCGUGCCCAUCGCAGCUGUCAGGCCCUGCGGGCUUCCGCCGCUGUCACUCGCGCACAGGUUACCCCGUGGCUCCCUUUCUCUUCACUUGCUUAUGCCCCAGCUAAUGGGAAACCUGUUUUCUGACCUCACUUCCCCUGCUCCACUUCUGCCUUGCUCGGAUUCUCUGAAAUCUGACCCUUUCCAGGGGCACUGUGACAAGAAGGAGGGAAGAAGCAACCUUACCCCUGAGCAGGCUCCCGUCCCGCCCAUGCCCCACCCGUGGCAGGGGCCAGGGUUCUCUGAUGGACGGAGCACAACUCGUCCGUGUGCCCUUGGGCUACUCAUUUUUAUAACAUGGCCCCUUUUCUGUUCAUCAGCACUGGCUGCAAAAACUUCCUUUUGCAGGUCCCUUGCUACCCGUAUGUGUGAAGAAAAGGGGGAAAUGAAAGCCCUAGAACGCAGACUCCAGUGGGCAUGGGAUCAUCCUGGAACCAGGAGAAACGAGGUUAGGGCUACCACCUUAACCGCCCAGGUGCUGGCUCUGCGUGAACAUCUUAGGAAAUGCAGGCUGAGGACAGGUCACAAUUUGGGUCUGCAGCAAAAAUGCUUUCAGAACAGACAGCAGCUCUGGGGACAGGAUGGGAAUCAAUCAAUGUACAGCUGGAUGGAGCAGAGCCCCAGGUGGAAAGGGGAAGCAAGGAAGAGGGGCCAUGGAGAACAGCACCAGGGCCUCUGGAGCACCUGUGCUGUGACCUUGAAGAGGAGCCACAGUCCCUUCAGGAGAAGGCUCAGUCUGCUCCCUGGGUUCCUGCAAUUCCCCAGGAGGGGAACACUGGAGACUGGGAGAUGGCAGCUGCACUUCUUGCAGCUGGAUCACAGGGCCUGGUAACCAUCAAGGAUGUGUCACUGUGCUUCUCUCAGGAGGAGUGGCGGAGCCUGGACCCCUCUCAGACAGACUUUUAUGGAGAAUAUGUCAUGCAAGAAAACUGUGGGAUAGUAGUCUCUCUGAGAUUUCCAAUUCCCAAACUGGACAUGCUUUCUCAACUAGAAGGAGGAGAAGAACAAUGGGUCCCUGACCCCCAGGACUUAGAGGAGAGGGACAUUCUGAGGGUCACUUAUACAGGAGAUGGAAGUGAGCAUGAGGGGGAUACCCCUGAACUAGAAGCAGAACCUCCCAGAAUGUUAUCCAGCGUUUCUGAAGAUACUGUUCUCUGGAACCCAGAGCAUGAUGAGAGCUGGGAUUCCAUGCACAGGAGCUCCAGAGGAAUGCUCCUGGGGCCCCCUUUUCUUCAGGAAGACAGCUUCUCAAACCUGCUGUGUAGCACAGAGAUGGAUUCCCUGUUAAGACCCCACACAUGCCCCCAAUGUGGGAAACAGUUUGUGUGGGGCUCCCACCUUGCCAGGCAUCAACAAACACACACUGGGGAGAGGCCCUACAGCUGCCUCAAGUGUGAGAAGAGCUUUGGGCGAAGACAUCACCUCAUCAGGCACCAGAAAACCCACCUACAUGACAAGCCCAGCAGGUGCUCUGAGUGUGGUAAGAAUUUCCGAUGCAACUCCCAUCUGGCCAGCCACCAGAGAGUGCAUGCAGAAGGCAAAUCCUGCAAGGGCCAAGAGGUUGGAGAGAGCCCUGGCACAAGGAAACGGCAGCGUGCCCCACCCGUGCCAAAGUGUCACGUGUGCACUGAAUGUGGGAAGAGCUUUGGCCGAAGGCACCACCUUGUGAGACACUGGCUGACCCACACUGGGGAGAAGCCCUUCCAGUGCCCUCGCUGUGAGAAGAGCUUUGGCCGAAAACAUCACCUGGACAGGCAUCUGCUGACCCACCAGGGACAAAGUCCCCGGAACAGCUGGGACAAAGGAACAUCUGUCUUUUGAAAUCUGUUUCCACUACAGCUGUGGUCAAGUCUAUCAGCUGGUGCUACUAGGAGUCACUGCCAGGGCUGCCGUUCUUCUGAACCCCAGGGGCAGAAUCAUGAGCCCUAACCCCAUCCCUAGAAAGAUGAGGUCCCAGCAGUGGCCAGAGCAUUUCUCACCAGUUCUGUGAGAUAGCACAUAAAAAUAGAGUUCUUUGGGCAAAACUUUUGGGAAGCAAUGCAUCCUACGUGGGCUGAUAUUCAGCCUGAGCCAUUCUCAAGAGGAGAGUGGUACUGGCAGUUUAUGGCUGAAAUCCAUUCUGAUUUGUUGGAGUCUAUGCUAUACCAAUUGUUAAAUAUUUUGAGUAUCACUUUUGCAUACUGUUACUAUUUUCUCUCUAUAUAUAGAGAAAGGCCAUUUUAGCAUAGUAAAGGCUCUGAAAAUUUCUGCAGUAGACCAAACUGAAGAUUCUAUUAAUGCAGUGUUUCCUAAAUGUAUUUGACCUCAGUAUCCUUUCUAUUUGCAUCCCACAGAACCAGUGACUAUGAAACACUCUGGUGAACACUGGGUUAGAGAGUAAUGAGGAAAUGAGACUUAGUAAUCAGGCGUCCAGAGCCCCUCCUUUUAUCCAUAUGAAAGCCAGCGGGGCCAGGCCUUGUUUCUGUGUGGGUCUGUCUGCCUUACCCCAGUCAGCAGUAUAUACAUCUACACCUCUCACCCUCACCUGCUGAAAAACAUAACCUUUUUACCCCUUAUUCCUACUCCCUUCAUCCUGCACAUACAUAUAUCCAGCUGAGAAAUCACACUACAAGGCUAAGAGAUGACCUAAUACCCCCAAAUAACCCAGGUCCACACAGAAAAAAAAAAAAAAAUUAUCCUCUUGAGCAGACCCCUCUCUCCUCUUGACUGUCUUUUUGUGUCUUGUGUAUUUGUGUGCAGGGUCUUUGAAGAGAGCAUGCUAUGUGCAAACUGUACAAGCUAGGUUUUCUAGGGGCUGUGUUCUGGGGAUGAGGGUAGUGGGGAUUAUAUGGGUUUCUGUUUCAAGACAGGAAGCAGUCUGAUUAGGGAGCAGUAGUGGAAAGGGUUAAAUGACAGGUUAAGUUGUGGGAGUUGAGUACAAAGCUUUCCCAGUUAUUGCUGAGAUCAAGACAGUUGUGAAUGUGUGUGUCUAGGUCUGAAUCUCUGGGCUGCAGAUUGCUUUUAACUGGGCAGAGAAAAGUCUGGGGAGGUGAGCUGUUUCUUAUUGAUUUCAGGCAAGAGGCACAGAAACUUUGUAUUGACUGGGGAUUUUGUUUUAAGUGCUGGAAAAUUAGAGCAGGAAUUACCAUGUUUGCAAGUUGUUGCCAUCACUCUUGUUUGACUUUGCCUCAUCAAGGGGCAAGAGUUAUUCUUGAAGAUCUCAUUCUCCCAGAAACAGAACUUUAGGGGAAAUGGCUGUGGCUUAGCUUUUCAGCUGAUGCAGGGUAAUGAGCUUUCUGGUUGGUUUUCCUUCCAUUUCUGGAAAGAUGUCCACACUGAGACCCUUAACUCUAGGGCUUGCAUAAGUAUUCUAGCAUCGUUAGUUGGUCAUUUUUUCUCUUUAUCAAUGAUUGUGUUAACAUCAAUCUUAUAACUUAAAAAUCGUCUUGUAUGCAAGAGCAGUUUGGUGUUAGGGAGGAAGAAGAGCAAAGUGGGAUAUUUUGUUUUUAAUGCUUAGAUAUUGUUUCUUCCCUAAGAUGUGUUUCGCAACCACAAUUGGUGGAGUGAACCAGAGAGGCAAGAGGAAGUGAGUUGCAACAAUUUAGUUUAGUGACUGUGCCUUUUGCAGGAAAAACUGGGUGAAUCACAGCUCCUCAGAGUCCUGGACUCAAUUAGAAUUGAAGAUAGACUUAUUUUGCUGACUGGGCUUCUUAGAGUUUAUGUGACUUGAGCAGCUUGGCCCCUGCCUCCUGCUACUCUGAGCAGCCUUCCUUCUUCCUGGAAUGCACUUCUCUUGUUUAUGAUCCUAUGAAUAAGGCAAAAUGGCCGGCCUUUGUAAGGCAGGUCUUGCCCUAGGUUCUCAGAAUCAGGAGCAUUUUAGGAUCAGUAUUAGGAAAUGUCCCAGGGAGUAAGAAAGCAUUGGGUUCUGAUAAAUCUGGACUCUGCCACUUCUUUUACUCUCCCUCUUUAAGACUAAAAGCUCUGCAUAAGCAAUGGUUCAGAACAUGUCUUGGGUACAGACCUGUUGAAUCUGACAGAAACCAGAAACGCACUUUUGAGAAAAAGACAUUUGUAAUUCACUGAGUUUUCCAUACACAUUUAGCAGGUUCAAAGCCUAUCUGUGGAAUCCCUAAACUGCCUUCAAAGAAAGGGAGUUACCCUGAUCUAAAAUGGUCAUUAUAUAUUUGUGUCAAGAGGCAAGGGUCACUAAAUAUUUUAAGGAUUAAGGUACCAGAGGCAUCAGUGUAUAAGGAUAUAGUCUGGUGUUUAAUUAUGACAAGGGUAUUGAUUACAUUCUACUGUCUGGGUUUCAAAAAGAUCUGACAUGCUGACAAAUCCAGCUCCUCAUAAAUCUUGUUUGAAGGACUUGUGGGAAGUGGUAUUCCUUACUAUUAGAUCACGCCUCUUAAUAACUACAUGUUAACGUCCAGCCUGUUAUCUGUUUGAGUAAUUGUAGGGAUAGAAAGUGAAGCCCCCAGAGUUAGGUGCAAGUAUAGCACCCAGCUGAAAGGCAUCAUGGAGUCUAAUGACCUUCUACAGAAGGGGCAAUCCUUUGGGUUAUUUCUGGUGUACCGCUGUCUUCUCUACCUCGGUCCAACACCACCUCCCUUGGACGAAAAAUAAAACAAGCAACAGCUAUCAGAUGAGUGAAUAGAUUUGGAUGAUUUUUCCCACAGGGAAUAAGCCUCAAAUGUUCAUGUUUUAUGCUGUCCCCUUUAAAAAGAGUCUCUAUGUUCUCUUUGGGCAAAAUGUAAAACAGGGACAUCCAUCUUCAGGAACUUGUCACAUUUUUCCAUCUGUGAUGCCUCCACCCUAUUCUGAGUAUCCUCCCCUUUCCACCCCAACAUAGUAUCUUUCAAAGAAUUCCUUGCACCGGAUAAUGUAUCCCAAAGUGUUAGCUUUUCACAAGGCUAUUUACACUUUAAGCCGUAGUUCUCACUGUAGAAGGAAAAACUUUUCCUUUGUCAAAGUAAUGUUAUGGCUUUAGAGAACUAAAGAGGUGAUAAUUUGGGACAAAAUUCCUCCCUUUCCAACAUUCCUGCAAUCAAACUACUGUUUCCUAGUUCCAUAAAGGGCAGGUCCUGACUCAGACCUAGAGGCGCCAGAAGGCCAGUUCUUUCCAUCUCUGUAUUAGGAUGAAUGCACUGAAUGGGAGUGGGUGGGGCUGGGCAAUAACACAAAAGUGAAAUCCAUUUAUUUAGAGCCUUAGAGAGCCUCAGCUAGCAAAAUUUCCCUCUGUUUCCUUGUGUGCCAUACCAAACUGUGACUCUCAAAAUUUGGUCUUUGGGCCAGCAGCAUAAAUAUCACCUGGAAACUUGUUUGAAAUGCAAAUUCUUAGCCCCUGCCCCAGGAGAACUACUGAAUCAGAAACUCGGGAAGGAGCUCAACAUUCAGUCUUUUAACAUGCCCUCCGGGAUGUGUGAUAUAAGCUAAAGUUUGAGAACCACUGGCUAGGGGGUUCAUAUUUCAGUGGUACCUCACUGUUUUCAAAUGGAUCUUCACACUCCUGUUGUCAGGUUUAUUCUCUGCAGCCUCACUAGGCUAGACCUCAGUUCCAUUCCCCUUAGUUGCAAGGUCUUCUUCCACUCUUAACUCAGUAAAAGAACUGGGGCUAGUCACCAAUAUCAGAAACUGUGGUGGGGCAACUACCAAGCCCCUAUGAUUGAUUAGGGCUGGGGCUUCCAAUAUGGGCACUGAGGAUACUUGGGUCCAGAAAUCUGAAAGGACAGAAAGGAACAAACAACUCAAAGAUAGAAAAUCCCACGUAAAACUGAAAAACUGACAUCCAAGGAAAUGUUUCCCCUUUGCUUUGUCCUUUUCACUGGCUCUUCUAAUAAAAGGCAGGUGGAAUGGGCACCUAGCACAAAGGUAGAGUAAGGCCUGCUAUGCCAAGCCCUUAAGGACUCAUGUGUUCCAACAUAAAAAUUGGAUUAAAGACCAACGAGGGGCCAUGGAAGGGAUUUCUAACCAUGAUUUGGCAUACCCUAUGGGCAAGGGCAGCAGGAACAUCAGAGUAACCAGGGCACAAGAGGGAACUAGGUUUUUCUAGUAAGAUUUGACACAAGCAAGAUUUAAAUCCAGACUCUGCUUACUAGGUAGAGGUUGUAACCAAUGAAGCCAUGGUACCCAAAAUGCAUUCUGUUGCUUAGAAGAUUCUGACAGAUUCAGGCUGUGGGGAGGAACCUUCCUUGCAGUCUCUGACCCUGCUACCUCCUCCAGUUCCUCUCCCAGGUGCACCUAUGAGGAUAGACUGAACUGACAGUUACAAUUCUGCCCACAGGGCUUCUCCAUGGUCAAAAGAUUAGACCCCUAGGCUGAGACUUUCUUCAACUCCAGGCCUUAUGCUCUCUCCUUGCUUUCCUGCCACCACCUCCAUUUUCCCAACAGGCAGUAUUCUUCCUCUACUCUUUGUUCCUACUCUUUUUCAGAUUUUUUGUUUGUUUGAGUUUUGCCUUGUUCUGACUGAGCAAUAACAUGCCUUUCCAAGGGCAUUUGUUCUCUCCAAUCCCCAUCCUUCUUCCAUUCUAGUUUCUCUCUUCAAAUUUCUGGCCAAUUCUAUUCCAUCAUGAGCCCACUUACCACCUAUUCCUCUGCCUACUGUUCAGUUUCUUUUCUAUCAGCUUUAAGCCUACUAAGCAGGGGUCAAUUCAUACUUCCCACUCUCAUCCUCCAAAUUCUUGGUUUGGCUAUAGCAAUUCAUCAGCCUCCUCACCACUCUGCCCCUUUCUCAUACACACCCCCACAGGACACCACCACCACUCCACCCCCUGCCUAGUACUGCCAAAUCUGAUCCCUCCAUUUCCUAGACAUUCUUCUUCCUUUCAGAUAACUUCCAAAGUUGUUUUCCACUUUUCACCAUUUUUAAUUUACUUCCUUCUAGUCUCCUGUGACUCCUGAGAAUCAAACUCUUAAUUCUACAAGCAAUUUUUUGUGUCCUUAUUACGUGCCAGGCACUGGAAUUUCAGGCCUGGGAAAUCAAAUGUGGCCCUUGCUCCUGCUCUCAGUGUGUUCUUCAGUCAAGCCCUCCCCCACUUUCCUGCCUUGUCUCUUGCCACCAGGCACCUGGGCAUCCUCUUCCGGGAAACUUUGGGGAUGAAUGCCCACUUGCCAUGCAGCCCAACUGCUCCGUGCCUAUCAGAUUUCUAGCUAUUAUCUGAAUUGGUUCCUUCUGAUGAACUGUGAACUUCCUUGGGUUACCCAACAGGGGACUUAUGGUCCCUGUCAGUUUAAUAAAAGUGUUGGCUGUGUCACUUA